GUGGAGCAACAAGCCAUUGUCUUCUGACAGCAGCUUAGAGUUGGAUGCUGCAGGGAAUUGGAGAACACGACCUUCAUCUUUUCCACAGAAAUGAAGCUUGUUCUGUGUCUGCUGGCUGCAGGUCUUUACCUGUGCUCGCAAUGCCAGGUGUUUGCUGAAUAUCAUGUGAGCAGAGCUGAUAUUGAAAAGGCUGUGGCCGAAGCCAAGAGCAUUGUGGACAGUGCUUACCUUUUCUCCAGAAGACAGUAUGUUGACCGUGCGAAGAGGAAUGCUGCCAGGGGAUCAGAUAUCAGGCGGCUGUUGUACCAGCCUCGUGGCCAGACCCGUAAUGCUGUGCGUGCUGCUGAUUACAUGGAACAGACUGUAAAACUGAUCAAGACGUCUCUGCAAGCGCGUCAUAAACGCUCCAUCAACGAAACAGAUUUCCUGGAUGCCAGCACAUUGCAGAGCAUUUCUAACGCGACAGGCUGCACCAUUCAGACUCGUCCCCUAAGCUGCACUGGAACUAACAAGUUUCGCACUGCAAGCAAUGUCUGCAACAACAGACAAAACAGCCGCUGGGGCGCCUCCAACACACCCUUCAACCGCUUUGUCCCAGCUCAGUAUGAGGACCAGAUCUCUCUGCCCAGAGGAUGGACCGCUCAGAAGCCAAUCAACAAUCACGUACUUCCUCUGGUGAGGGAGGUGUCCAACCGUAUUGUGAAAGCUAACGUAAUUGAGAGCGACUCAUACUACUCUCACUUGCUGACAUUCUUCGGCCAGUGGACAGACCAUGACCUGACCCUGACUCCUACCUCACCUACAGUCGCCAUAUACAGCGACUCUCAAACCUGUGACCAAAACUGUGAUCAAGUAGAGCCCUGUUUCCCCAUAAAGGUCCCAUCCACAGACCCUCGUUACACCUCAGAGUCACUGCGGUGCUUUCCCUUCACCCGCUCAGCAGCCACUUGUGGGUCUGCUCGCACCUAUGGUACAGUGGCUCCCCGCGAGCAGCUGAACGCCCUGACCGCCGCCAUUGAUUCUAGUCAGAUUUACGGUUCAGAUGACAGCACAGCUCUCUACCUGCGCAACCUCACCUCAGAUCGGGGCCUUUUAAGAGUUAACACAGACUACACUGACAACGGUCGUGAGCUCCUGCCUUUUGUCAACUCAAGCGUAAACCUCUGUGUCAACCGAGAUCCUAACUCUAGACCUCCUAAGGAGGUGCAAUGCUUUGUGGCUGGUGACAUUCGCUCCAGUGAGAACAUCGCUCUGACCUCAAUCCACACCCUCAUGUUGCGUGAACACAAUCGUCUGGCUCGUGCUCUGGCCAAACUCAAUCCACACUGGGACGGUGACAGACUGUACCAUGAGGCGCGUAAGAUCAUGGGAGCAUACUUCCAGAUUAUCACCUACAGGGACUACUUGCCCCUCAUUGUUGGGCCAGAUCUGAUUGCCAAGCUACUGUCCAACUACCCUGGUUACGAUGAAACCGUGAAUCCCAGCAUCGCCAGCGUGUUUGCCACAGCUGCAUUCCGAUUUGGUCACCUGAUCCUUCAGUCUUCUGUGUUUCGGCUCAAUGAGCAGUACCAGGAGCAUCCUAAAUUCCCAUCUCCCUUACUCCACCUGACCUUCUUUCAACCAUGGAGAGUCGUAUACGAAGGUGGUGUAGACCCUAUUCUGAGAGGGAUGAUAGGUAGGCCGGCCAAGCUGAACCAACAGGGUAACAUGAUGACAGAAGAGGUGAGAGACAAGCUGUUUGAAUUCACCGCUAAUCUGGCCCAGGACCUGGCCUCUCUCAACAUGCAGAGGGGACGAGACCAUGGAAUCCCUGGCUACAACGCAUUUCGCAAGUUCUGUGGACUGUCAGAACCUCAAAGUGAAUCAGACUUGGCUGAAGUGAUGAAGAACCGAACUCUGGCCAAAAAGUUUUUGGCUCUCUAUGGCACACCUAAUAACAUUGAUGUGUGGGUGGCAGGAGCAUCUGAGCCAUUUUUACCUGGAGCAAAAGUGGGACCACUGUUUGGCUGCCUGAUUGCUACCCAGUUUCAGAGGCUCCGCCAGGGAGACAGGUACUGGUGGGAGAAUACUGGAGUCUUCACUGAGGCACAGAAGGAAUCGUUGCGUCAUGUCUCAUUUUCCCGCUUCAUCUGUGACAACACUGGCAUCACUGAGCUUCCCCAGAAUGCCUACCUGUACAGGCCUCGAGGAUCUGGUUACGCCAAAUGUUCAGAUAUUCCUGCAGUUGACCUCAGUCCAUGGCAAGACAAUCGAGGACCGCCAGGGCCACCAGGACCCCCAGGACCACAGGGACCUUCAGGACCACCAGGACCACAGGGACCAAAGGGACCAAAGGGAUCAUCAGGACCACAAGGACCCAGAGGUCUAUCUGGACCAGCAGGCCCCGCUGGACCUCCUGGCCCUGUGGGAAAAGUUGCUUUCUCUGUGCAACUGGGCUCUUCUACACCUAGGAAUGGCGCACCCAUUAACUUCAAUAAUGUCAUCUACAAUGGGCAGAAGAGUUAUUCCACCUCCACUGGUCGGUUUACCUGUAGCGUCCCAGGUGUUUAUGAGUUUGAGUUCCACUGUACAAUCAACAGGAACAACGGCAACAUGGAUCUGUACCGCAAUGGCAGGUCCAUACUGCACUCAUACACCAGCCAGCAGAACGGCUACAUCAGUGCUUCUGGCAAUGUGUACAUUAGGCUGGAGAGGGGAGACCAGGUGUGGCUGGUGGCCAACGAGGGGGCCAGUGGUUUGACCAGAGACAGCACCUUGUCGGGAGAGCUGCUGUUCAUUGAGUAGAAAACUGCCCACGAUACGGCUUCAGUUGAGUCAGGUUUACAACUUUGGCCAAACCUAGAAAAAAUACAUUUACAAUAACAUAGUUGUAGCUACAGCUCUGAGGUUGAGGACACCUUUAGAUAGUUGAGAGAGGGAGAAGAACAACUAGAGGGGAAAAAGAGACAGCUGACAAUGUGAAAUGCAAUGAAAUAAAUCAUGUUUGAAACAACUCUUGCUUUCAACACAUUGUUUAAUACUGAAUGAAGCACACGUUCUUCACAAAGUGAAAAUUCAUAGAUAAAGUGUGGAAUAUGCCACAUAACCACAAAUAAGUAAUUAUUGUAAAAACUAUAUAAAGUCUGACUAACCUUUUGUAAUUUUGUAAUAUUCUUUUUAUCUUUAGAAGUGAUCAUUUUACUAUACAACAGAUGCGUUUUCACCUGUUUUAAGCUACUUAUUUCUUGGCACACUAAAAUUAUCAUGUUUAGAAAAUGUAAUUUUUAAGUUGCUGAGCUUUGUAAUGUAAGUGAAUAUUUGAUUUAUAACACCAUUCUCUUAUAUUCUUUAAAGUUUUUAAUCAAUGCUAGGUCAGUUACGCCAUGUUGUCUACUAAGCAAUGCCAUUUUUCUUACCAAAAUUUCCUAUUAAGAUCAUUAUUGUAUUUUGUGUAUGUCUUUAAUAAAGCUGAUCAUGUAAUUAGGCUGUAA